CGGAGCCGGAGCCGGAGCCGGCGGCGCGCGGCCGAGUCGGGCCUGACCGCGGAGCGAGUUGGCUAGAGACGAGGACCUCGCGCCAAGGGCCCAAUGAGUGGCACACAGCCGACUCUCCCCGACAGGUUUCCCCUCAAAAAACCUAUAAGGCAUGGAAGUAUUUUGAACCGAGAGUCACCAACAGAUAAGAAGCAGAAAGUUGAGCGCAGUUCAUCCCAUGAUUUUGACCCCACAGAUAGCUCCUCCAAGAAGACAAAGUCUAGUUCAGAGGAGAGUAGAUCCGAGAUAUAUGGUCUUGUUCAGCGUUGUGUGAUCAUCCAGAAGGAUGACAACGGAUUUGGGCUGACGGUCAGUGGAGACAAUCCAGUCUUCGUACAGUCUGUCAAAGAAGAUGGAGCAGCCAUGCGGGCUGGAGUACAGACAGGUGAUCGAAUCAUCAAGGUGAAUGGAACUCUGGUGACUCAUUCGAAUCAUUUGGAGGUGGUGAAGCUAAUCAAAUCUGGUUCCUAUGUAGCUCUCACUGUUCAGGGACGCCCUCCUGGGUCGCCCCAGAUUCCGCUCGCUGAGUCUGAAGUGGAGCCACCAGCCACUGGACAUAUGUCUCCCCUCCUGACGUCCCCUCACUCGCCGGGUGCCUCUGGGAACAUGGAGCGGAUCACUAGUCCCGUGCUCAUGGGGGAGGAAAACAAUGUGGUUCAUAGCCAGAAAGUAGAAAUUCUGAGAAAAAUGUUACAGAAAGAGCAAGAACGGCUACAGUUAUUGCAGGAAGAUUACAACCGAACACCUGCCCAAAGAUUGCUAAAAGAGAUCCAAGAGACCAAGAAACACAUUCCUCAGCUGCAAGAGCAGUUAUCCAAAGCCACAGGCUCUGCUCAGGAUGGAGCUACAGUCACAUCCUCCAAGCCUUUAAGUGACACAUUCACAGGCAGUGAUCUUGAAGCAGAGUCUGGGGAUGGACUCGGGAGACUGGACUACAGCAGUGGAGAUGCCUCCCGAGGUAGCAGUGACAAUGCAGAUAGUCCCAAGAGUGGCCUGAAAGAGAGGAUUUAUCAAGAGGAAAAUCAGGAGAAAAGUGAAAUAAUUCAGGAUGCUGAUGCUCAGUGUCCUAUUGGGAGUCCCUUAACACGCACAACACCGCAUAUUAUUGGAGCAGAGGAUGAUGAUUUUGGUACAGAACAUGAACAGAUCAAUGGGCAAUGCAGCUGUUUCCAGAGUAUUGAAUUGCUAAAGUCUCGCCCUGCUCACUUGGCUGUUUUUUUACAUCAUGUAGUUUCACAGUUUGACCCUGCAACUUUGCUCUGUUAUCUCUAUUCUGACCUGUACAAACAGACCAAUUCCAAGGAAACUCGUCGUGUCUUCCUCGAGUUUCACCAGUUUUUCCUGGAUCGGUCUGCACACCUGAAAGUUUCUGUUCCUGAUGAAAUAUCAGUAGAUCUUGAAAAAAGAAGACCUGAACUGAUUCCUGAAGAUCUCCAUCGCCACUACAUUCAUACUAUGCAGGAGAGAGUCCACCCAGAAGUGCAGCGACAUUUGGAAGAUUUUCGGCAGAAACGUAGUAUGGGGUUGACCUUGGCCGAAAGUGAACUAACUAAACUUGAUGCAGAGCGAGACAAGGACCGGGGGACUUUGGAGAAGGAGCGCGCCUGUGCAGAGCAGAUUGUCACCAAAAUUGAAGAAGUGUUGAUGACCGCUCAGGCUGUGGAGGAGGAUAAGAGUUCAACGAUGCAGUAUGUAAUUCUCAUGUACAUGAAGCAUUUGGGAGUAAAAGUGAAGGAACCUCGAAAUUUGGAGCAUAAGCGGGGUCGGAUUGGAUUCCUUCCCAAAAUCAAGCAAAGUAUGAAGAAAGAUAGGGAAGGCGAAGAAAAAGGAAAGCGAAGAGGAUUUCCUAGCAUCCUAGGACCCCCAAGGAGACCAAGUCGCCAUGACAAUAGUGCAAUCGGCAGAGCCAUGGAGCUCCAGCAGAAGCAGCGUCACCCCAAACACUUACCUGCACCUUCAUCUGUGAGCCCCGAGCCCCAGGACUCUGCUAAGUCACGCCAGAGUGCUUUAGCCAGUGACGGAGCGGAUGCUGGUUGUCUGCCAGCCAAUUCCAUGUCUUCUCUGGCUCCAGGAGCCACUCUUUCCCAGGAAAGCGGGAAAGAGAAUGACACAGGAUCGAAGCAGGUUGGAGAAGCACCGGCCUCUGGAGAUGCCGUAGACUGUGCACCACGUACUCCCAAUACCAUCUUUGACUUCCCACCGCCUCCGCUAGACCAGGUGCAGGAGGAGGAGUGUGAAGUAGAGAGAGUGACUGAACAUGGGACGCCAAAACCCUUUCGGAAGUUUGACAGCUUGGCUUUUGGAGAAAGUCAGAGUGAGGAUGAACAGUUUGAAAACGACCUAGAAACAGACCCACCCAGCUGGCAGCAGCUUGUGAGCCGAGAAGUGCUGCUGGGACUGAGGCCGUCCGAGAUCAAAAGACAGGAAGUGAUUAAUGAAUUGUUCUACACUGAAAGAGCUCAUGUUCGAACACUGAAGGUUCUUCAUCAAGUCUUCUAUCAGCGGGUGUUUCGAGAAGGAAUUCUGUCACCUUCAGAACUACGGAAAAUUUUUUCAAACUUGGAAGAGAUUCUUCAACUUCACAUUGGACUGAAUGAGCAAAUGAAAGCAGUUCGAAAAAGGAAUGAGACCUCUGUUAUUGAUCAGAUUGGGGAAGAUUUGUUGACAUGGUUCAGCGGACCAGGCGAGGAGAAGUUGAGGCAUGCUGCUGCCACCUUUUGCAGUAACCAGCCUUUUGCCCUGGAAAUGAUCAAAUCGCGUCAGAAAAAGGAUUCUCGAUUCCAGACCUUUGUGCAAGAUGCUGAGAGUAAUCCACUGUGUCGUCGUCUGCAGCUGAAGGAUAUAAUCCCCACCCAAAUGCAGAGACUUACAAAGUAUCCUCUUCUGUUGGAUAAUAUUGUCAAAUACACAGAAUGGCCUGCAGAAAGGGAGAAAGUGAAGAAAGCUGCAGAUCACUGCCGUCAGAUCUUAAAUUAUGUAAAUCAGGCUGUCAGGGAAGCAGAAAACAAGCAGCGUUUAGAAGAUUAUCAGCGUCGACUUGAUACCUCCAACCUGAAGAUGUCAGAGUACCCAAAUGUUGAAGAGCUCAGGAAUUUGGAUUUAACAAAAAGGAAGAUGAUUCAUGAAGGGCCAUUGGUUUGGAAAGUAAAUAGAGAUAAAACAAUUGACCUAUACACUUUGUUGCUGGAAGACAUUCUUGUAUUACUGCAAAAGCAGGAUGACAGGCUGGUGUUACGGUGUCACAGUAAGAUUCUGGCAUCUACAGCUGACAGCAAGCACACAUUCAGCCCUGUCAUUAAGUUGAAUACAGUAUUGGUUCGACAAGUGGCAACAGAUAACAAAGCCUUGUUCGUCAUCUCCAUGUCGGACAACGGAGCCCAGAUCUACGAGCUGGUGGCACAGACUGUUUCCGAGAAGAAUGUCUGGCAGGACCUCAUAUGUCGGAUGGCUGCAUCGGUGAAGGAACAAUCCACAAAGCCAAUCCCAUUGCCCCAGUCUCCGCCUUGCGAAGGAGACCAUGAUGAAGAAGAGCCUCCAAAGUCGAAAGCAGAGCAUCACGGCAUCUCAGUCACUGUUAUGCAGAGUCCAGACCGAGAUUUGGGAUUAGAGUCUCCGUUAAUGUCAGCGAAGCCUCAGUCUCAUUCACUGGGCACCUCUGGAAAAUCAGAGGUCGACGAUCUUUUUGUGGCCGAGAGACAGUUUGCAAAAGAGCAGCAUGAAGCUGGGACUCUAAAGGAUGCUGGCGGGAACGACUCGGCCACAGCCCUGGAUCCACACUUGCCUAUCUCAGAAGAGCGAUGGGCACUGGAUGCACUACGGAAUCUGGGACUGUUGAAGCAGUUGCUGGUCCACCAGCUGGGCUUGACUGAGAAGAGCACUCAGGAAGAAUGGGUUCAUUCCCCAGGAAGCCGCACAGUGUCUCCAGGGCUGCAGGUGGACAGCGGAACUAACAAUGCAGAAAACAUAAAGGCCUAUCAUCCUGGGGAAGGGCAAAUGCCCUUUCGAACUGGAACUGGUGACAUUUCCUCUUGUCAUAGUCCACGGACUUCAACUGAAUCUUCUGCUCCACGGGAUUCAGUAGCACUGGCAUUCCAAGAUAGGCAGGCCAGUCACAUGUUAGUAAUGGGCCACAUGCCCGUGACCCCAGAGCUGAUUCCUGCAGAGUCAGAAGGGGGUCCUGAUGAGAGUGGAGAGCACUUUUUUGAUGCCCGUGAAGCACAUAGUGAUGAUAAUCCAUCAGAAGGUGAUGGAGCACUCAGAAAGGAGGAGGAUGUUAAUUUACGCAUCUCAGGAAACUAUUUGAUCCUUGACGGCUAUGAAGCAGUGCAGGAGAGCUCCACGGAUGAAGAGAUCGCUUGCUCAUUUCCCCCGCUGCGCCCUGCCGGUCCUCUCUCCACAGACUCCACCCACCAGCCCCAACAUUCUCCUCCAAACACGCGCUCUGACGGGGCUCUCUCACCCUUCACCCCGGAAUGCCUGGUCCCCACACGCUGGGGAACAGGGGAGGAGCCCUGCUUUGAGGUCCGGAGUCCUUCCUCGUGUGCAGAUCCCCAGGGCCAGAUCAUGAGGUGCAUUCGCAAGAUUGAGGCUGACCUGGAGCACCUAAAGAAAGUGGAAGAAAGUUACACCACUCUUUGCCAAAGGCUGGCCGGAUCAGCCCUCAUAGACAAGCACUCAGAUAAAAGUUAGAGCCGCGUGUCCUGAAGGUGACUGAAGGGGGCUGGACUUGGCGCAUCAACCUUGUGUCACCACAUCUUGGCUCCGCCGUGGAUGCAGAGAGAGGGUGUGACAGAGGAUCUACCAGUGACUCCCCUGGGCUUGCCAGAUUCGGGGCCCCCAACCGGGACUGGUUCUUCACAGUCUGGCCGCUGCACUAGUCUGGCAGGGAGGGAGGGGCCUCCCCUCACUCUGCCCGCCUCACUGUGGGAAUCGAUUUCGAUUCAGAACAAAAACCAAAUGUAUAGAGCUUUGGAUGUAGGAUAUGAAAUUUUACUUAGGCUUAAGAAAAAGAGAGAAUCAGAUGUAUUUAUUUGACUUCAUUCCGUAUUUGAAAGCACAUUUAAGAGCUUUUUGCCAUGUUUCGUUUUAAUUGAGUUGUGAGUUGUAGCCCUGUGCAUUUUGUACACCCAAGGGUCAGUCGCCUCUGAAGCAGAGGUGGGGAUGGGGCUAA